AUGAAGGGACGCAGCAUGAAGGGACGCAGCAUGAAGGGACGCAGCAUGAAGGGACGCAGCAUGAAGGGACGCAGCGUGAAGGGACGCAGCAUGAAGGGACGCAGCAUGAAGGGACGCAGCAUGAAGGGACGCAGCAUGAAGGGACGCAGCAUGAAGGGACGCAGCAUGAAGGGACGCAGCAUGAAGGGACGCAGCAUGAAGGGACGCAGCAUGAAGGGACGCAGCGUGAAGGGACGCAGCAUGAAGGGACGCAGCAUGAAGGGACGCAGCAUGAAGGGACGCAGCAUGAACGGACGCAGCAUGAACGGACGCAGCAUGAAGGGACGCAGAAUGAAGGGACUCAGCAUGAACGGACGCAGCAUGAAGGGAUGCAGCAUGAAGGGACGCAGCAUGAAGGGACGCAGCAUAAAGGGACGCAGCAUGAAGGGACGUAGCAUGAAGGGACGCAGCAUGAAUGGAUAA